ACACUAUCCCAACAUUUUCCACAGGAGUUAAUCCUGGAAGAUAUCUCGCUGCUGCGGGUCACCUGGGAAGAGUGGGAGGGUCUUCUACAGCAAUGCAGAUUCCGCCCUGGCCCCUAUACAGCUUGCCUGUGUGCAGCAAUGGUCCCCCAACCCCUCGCGGCACAGUGGCGUGGAUGCGUUAGCCUGACUGGGACAAAGACCACGGUGGCUCUCUCAAUAAACUUGCGCAAGCGCAUUGCCCACACUCUGACUGAAACUUUUGAAGAGAUUACCGAGGCCGAUUACUGCGACGUGAUAGACCAAAUCAAUGCGCUAUUCCACAUCUAGGCAUGUAUGCAUGCAGCCUUUUCCCUCCCUCCUCUCCCAAAACAUUUCCAUCCUGAAAAUAAAAGCCGCUAACCAGGAACCCGCUCCUCUGUUUGUCCUCCACCAAGUACUGGCUGCUGCGACUGGCUGCCUUCCUCCUGGCUUGAGAAGAGCUCCUGGCUGCAUGCCUCCUGGGACUCCAGGGUGUCUCCCCGCACCCCAGUACCCUCACUCUCGGUUUCCUUCUCCCCCUCGUCCUCCCCACCCACUCUGAAGUGUCCAUCGUGGUCCUCGGAUUGGCAGUGGGGUCACCCCCAAAUAUUGCGUCCAGCUCUCUGUAAAAACGGCAGGUCGUGGGGGCAGCACCAGAGUGGCGGUUUCCCUCACGGGCUUUGCAAUAGGCACUCCGCAGCUCCUUUACUUUAACCCUGCACUGCACCGCGUCCCGGUCAUGGCCCCUUUCCAGCAUGGCCCUUGAUAUCUGCCCAUAGGUAUCGUAAUUCCUACGGCUGGAGCGCAGCUGUGACUGCACAGCUUCCUCCCCCCAAACACUGAUGAGGUCCAGCAACUCGCCAUUGCUCCACGCUGGGGCUCGUUUGGCGCGUGGAGGCAUGGUCACCUGGAAAGAUUCACUGAUUGCACUCCACACCUGGCUGUGCAAACAGGAAGGGGAUUUUUAAAAUUCCCAGGGCAUUUAAAGGGCGGGUCACCUGAGGCCAGAGCAGUAGAGUUUGAACUGAUGAGCAGAGUGGCUGAGCAGGCAUUCUGGGAUACCUCGGAAUACCUCUGGAGGCCAAUAACAACGCUUUUGGUGGCCACACUGGCGGAGCAGCGCUGCAUCACCAGCACUGCAGUCGUUAUUCCCCAGGCCGAGGUGGAGUACAACCAGCGCUGCAGCCAGGGAGAUGCAGCGCUAUAUGUGCCUUGUAAAUGUGGACAGUGAGUGAGUUGCAGCACUGUAAAGCCACCACCAGCGCUGCAACUCUUCAGUGUAGCCAAGGCCUCAGUGUUUUGAUCUCUGCUGCCCAGGAGGCAUGCGCCCCACCCCUUUCAAAGCUCCAGGAAGUAUCUGACAGCUGAGUGUGCUGCUCUCUUUGGGGAACAAAGAAAGAGCAAAUCAUUGGAAUGCUCCUGUUCUGCUCUGCACUAGGAACACCGCAGCAGGCAGACGGCUGUGCUGCUUUGCCAUUCCUCAGCAUGCAGAGCUCAGAGCUACUCGUGAUGCUGCUCUCGGGGGAGAACUCAGAGAAUCCCAAGAUGGGCAGCGAUCAGCUCUUCCUUCCCACAACACUGCACUGUGGGGUACAUACCUAUGGUGCAUUGCUCACCCAUUUGAUGCUGGUGCCCGCAAUGUGGACAUGAUCCAGAGGGAGCCAUGGCUGCAGAGAACCCCGUGGAAAGUCUCCAGGAGGAAGCAACAUGUCCCAUCUGUCUGGAGUAUUUCACAGAUCCUGUCUCUCUGGAGUGUGGGCACAAUUUCUGCCGAGCCUGCAUCAGCCAGUGCUGGGAGGGAUCCGAUACAGCCGCCUCCUGCCCUCAGUGCAGAGAAACUGUGCAACAGGGAAACCUCAGGCCCAACAGGCAGCUGGCAAACAUGGUAGAAAUCACCAAGCGCCUGAGUUUACAGGCAGCAAAGGGAACAGGUGGGGACGGGGUGUGUGGGGAACACCAGGAGGCUCUGAAACUGUUCUGUGAAGAGGAUCAAACCCCCAUCUGUGUGAUCUGCAGAGAGUCCCGGGCUCACCGCACUCACACAGUGGUUCCCAUACAGGAAGCUGCCCAGGAGUACAAGGAAAAAAUACAAGCCCAUUUGAAGACUCUGAGGGAAGAGAGAGAAAAGCUGCUGGGAUUUCAAGUGACUGGAGAGAAGAGAAGCCAGGAGUAUCUGAAACAGACAGAAACUGAGAGGCAAAAGAUUGUGUCUGAAUUUCAGCAACUCCAGCAGUUCCUGGAGGAGCAAAAGCGACUCCUGCUGGCCCAGCUGGAGAAGCUUGACGACGAGAUUGUGAAGAUACAGAAUGAAAAUAUCACCAAACUCUCCGAGGAGAUUUCCUGUCUCAGUGAGUUGAUCAGUGAGCUGGAGGGGAAGUGUCAGAAGCCGGCAAGUGAAUUCCUGCAGGAUGUCAAAAGCACCUUGAGUAGGUGUGCAAAGAGGAAGUUCCAGCAGUCAGAGGAGAUUUCUCCUGAACUGAAAGAGCAAGUCAGCGAUUUCUCCCAGAAAACUAUUGUGCUAUCGGCGACUCUGAGGAAAUGCAAAGACACUCUGCUGGAGACACAAAUUGGGAAAUCCCUAGGAGCACACAGACAGGAGCAAAUAUCGACAGGAGUGUGGUGGAGGUCGCCAGCGGUCCUCAUCUCGAAGGAGGUACUGCAGUCGGUUGCGGCACGAUCGUCGAUGCCGUUCCCGCUCGGACUCCUGCUCCAAGACUCCAGCAAGGCACCAUAGCCCCAGGUGUCGAUCGCCGGCGUCCCGCUGUCGUGGGUCUGCCCGUCGAGACCGAUCACGGAGCAGCUACUACCGUUGGUGCCAUUCCUCCGCAUUGAGAUUGUGGUCCCGUGACCGAUGCAGAUCCCGACACCACCUCUACUCCCAGUCCAGAAACAGCAGCGGGUCAUAUGCCAGCCCGGCCUCUGCUCACGGCCAUUCAUCUACAGGCCAGGCUAGCCAGCUCGAACAGCCAGAUUCAUAGAUUCAUAGACUCUAGGACUGGAAGAGACCUCGAGAGGUCAUCGAGUCCAGUCCCCUGCCCUCAUGGCAGGACCAAAUACUGUCUAGACCAUCCCUGAUAGACAUUUAUCUAACUUACUCUUACAUAUCUCCAGAGAUGGAGUUUCCACAACCUCCCUAGGCAAUUUAUUCCAGUGUUUAACUACCCUGACAGUUAGGAACUUUUUCCUAAUGUCCAACCUAAAUCUCCCUUGCUGCAGUUUAAGCCCAUUGCUUCUUGUUCUAUCAUUAGAGGCUAAGGUGAACAAGUUUUCUCCCUCCUCCUGAUGACACCCUUUUAGAUACCUGAAAACUGCUAUCAUGUCCCCUCUCAGUCUUCUCUUUUCCAAACUAAAUAAACCCAAUUCUUUCAGCCUUCCUUCAUAGGUCAUGUUCUCAAGACCUUGAAUCAUCCUUGUUGCUCUUCUCUGAACCUUCUCCAAUUUCUCCACAUCUUUCUUGAAGUGCGGUGCCCAGAACUGGACACAAUACUCCAGUUGAGGCCUAACCAGCGCAGAGUAGAGCGGAAGAAUGACUUCUCGUGUCUUGUUUACAACACACCUCUUAGUGCAUCCCAGAAUCACAUUUGUUUUUUUUGCAACAGUGUCACACUGUUGACUCAUAUUUAACUUGUGGUCCACUAUGACCCCUAGAUCUCUUUCUGCCGUGCUCCUUCCUAGACAGCCUCUUCCCAUUCUGUAUGUGUGAAACUGAUUGUUCCUUCCUAAGUGGAGCACUUUGCAUUUGUCUUUAUUGAACUUCAUCUGGUUUACCUUAGACCAUUUCUCCAAUUUGUCCAUAUCAUUUUGAAUUUUGACCCUCUCCUCCAAAGCAGUUGCAAUCCCUCUCAGUUUGGUAUCGUCUGCAAACUUAAUAAGCGUACUUUCUAUGCCAACAUCUAAGUCGUUGAUGAAGAUAUUGAACAGAGCCGGUCCCAAAACAGACCCCUGCGGAACCCCACUUGAUAUACCUUUCCAGCAGGAUUGGGAGCCAUUAAUAACUACUCUCUGAGUACGGUUAUCCAGCCAGUUAUGCACCCACCUUAUAGUAGCCCCAUCUAAAUUGUAUUUGCCUAGAUCCUGCGGUACUGCAGCAAGUGCGAUGGCACUGAGCAUCAUGGCCAGCUCAGUGGUACCAGUGGUCACUGUGGCCUCCGGCGCAGCCCCUGGUGUGGGCUUGCUUGGUGACCGGGUCAUCGGAAGCACCGUCGGUCUCCGCUACACUGCCGGGAAAGGAAUCGGUGGGACCCGUGUCCUCAGUACCGUGCCUGGAGUCCGACCAGGUGGUGGAUCCUCUGGUGCUGGCCAACACCCAAAGCACUGCACCAGCCUCUUCGCCCUGUCCUGAGGACCUGAUUGUGACCACACCCCCACCAUCCCGCAGGAGGACUAGGUCCUCACUGUGCCAAAUUCAGUGCUCACCACCCUGUGGUGGUAGUACACCCCAAGCAACAUGCUCCAAGGGGUCUUGUUCAGGGACAGGGCCCCGUCGUUGGAGCUGGUGUCCGAUGCAUCAGACCUGGGCUGGAGGGCCCAUGUGGGGAAUUUUCAGACCCCAGGGCUGUGGUCUCUGCAGGACCUGACCCUUCACAUAAACGUCAAGGAACUCAGGGCGGUGGGACUGUGCGUACGGCCUUCCGCUCUCACCUGAACAGCAAGGUAGUCAGGGUUGUCACAGACAACAGGGUCUUGAUGUUCUAUAUCAACAGGCAAGGCGGGGCUCGAUCCUCUGCUCUCUGCCACGAAGCACUCAGUCUGUGGGACUUCUUUAUAGCCCACGACAUCCACCUAAAAGCCUUUCACUUGCCGGGCACCCAGAAUGUGAGGGUGGAUCGCUUGAGCAGAAACUUUUCCUCUCAGCACGAGUGGUCUCUACACUCAGAGGUGGCCCACCAGCUCUUCCGAAGGUGGAGAACGCCCUAGGUGGACCUGUUUGCAACCCAGCAGAACUGACAAUGCCCCCGGUUCUGCUCCGGGGGGGGCCUAGGGAGUGGAGCUAUCUCUGAUGCCUUUAUCCUGUCCUGUCAGGGUGGCUUCUCUAUGCCUUUCCCCCGUUCCUGCUGAUCAGCAGGGUCCUGGAGAAAAUAAAAAUGGACUAAGCCAGGGUCCUCCUCAUUGCCCCGGCGUGGCCCAGACAGCACUGGCAUGAGACCCUCUUAGGCCUGGUGGUGGCUCCGCCAUGGCCGUUGCCACUCCACUCAGACCUGCUCUCCCAGGACCAGGGCUGCCGCCUCCACCCCAACCUAGCAGCUCUUCACCUCACGGCGUGGCUGCUCAGUGGCUAGAUGGCAAGGAAAGUACGUGCUCGGAACAGGUCCACCGUGUCCUCCUCGAAAGGAGAUGGCCCUCCACUUGCCGCUCUUUCUUGGCGAAAUGGUCUUCAUUUUCCAGGUGGGUGGCAGACCACGGGGAACUCCCUAUGGCCGCCCUGAUCCAGCUUAUCCUUGAUUACCUCCUCCACCUGUGGGCCCAGAGCCUGGCACCCUCAUUAGUCAGGGUGCACCUGGUAGCCAUAUUGGCCUUCCAUCCUCCGGUGCAAGGACACACAGUAUUGUCCCAUGCUAUGACUGGUCGGUUCCUUAAGGGUUUGAACCAUCUUUACCCAUAUUCUAAACCCCUGGUCCCACCGUGGGACCUGAACCUGGUGCAGGCUCAUCUUACGGGGCCCCCUUUUGAACCAUAACCACGUGUUCCUGGUCUCACCUCUCAGGGAAGGUGGUCUUCCUGGUUGCUAUCACGUUGGCCAGGCGGGUCUCUGAGCUGAGGGCCCUGACCUCUGAGCCGCCAUAUACGGUCUUUGAUAAGGACAAGGUCCAGCUCCGCUCACAUCCCGCGUUCCUCCCGAAGGUGGUCUCUGCCUACGAUAUGGAUCAGGCCAUUUUUCUACCGGUCCUCUGCUCCAAACCUCACGUGACUAGUGAGGAACGCCAUCUCCACAUGCUCGAUGUGAGACGAGCUCUGGCUUUCUACCUCGAGUGGACCAAGACAUUCAGAAAGCCCUCCCAACUGUUCAUUGCGUUGGCCGAGCAUGCGAGGGGCCAGCUGAUUUCCACUCAGCGGCUUUCUAAUUGGAUCAUUUUAUGCAUCCGCUCCUGUUAUGAGCUGGCGGAUGUCUCCCCUGCCGCCCAGUGUGAGGGCACACUCGACUCGGGCACAGGCCUCAUCAGCUGCCUUCAUGGCCCAUGGCGCUGUACAGGACAUUUGUAGGGCCGCCACCUGGUCUUCAGUUCACACGUUCACCUCGCACUAUGCAAUAGUCUCCCAAACCAGGGAUGAUGCCAGCUUUGGCAGGGUGGUACUCCGACUCGAGAACUUGUGAACUCCUAACUACCUCCAGCACAUAUAACUUGGAAUCAUCUAUUGGAAUACACAUAUAUAACUUGGAAUACACAUGAUCAAUCACUUGAAGAAGAAAAGACAGUUACCUUUUCCGUUUUUCGAGAUGUGUUGCUCAUGUCUAUUCCAAAUCCCGCCCUCCUUUCUCUUUGCCGGAGUUGACUGGCAAGAAGGAACUGAGGGUGGGGGGAAUGCGCAGCUCCCCUUAUACCGUGCCAGGCAGGCACCACUCCAGGGGUCGCGGGGGGCGCUCCCCCCCCCAAUGGGUACUGCUAGGGGGAAAACUUCCGGCACUGGUGCACGUGGCGAGCACGCUCACCUACUGUGGAAUACACAUGAGCAACACAUCUCGAAGAACACCAGUUACGGAAAAGGUAACUGUCUUUUUGCAGCUGGAGAUUGUCUUUAAAUUAUGAGAAAAUUCCAGUGAAAUCAUCUUCAUGAGAUUGUAAUGAAAGUUACCAACCAAAUCAACAGUGGCUAUGACACACACACAGCCCUACAAAUAACCCAUUAAAUAGAGAGGAGAUCCAGGGGCACUGGAACAUGGGGGGCCAAAAGACCAAGCCCACCCACUUUUUAACAUGGGCAUAGCUUGGGGGCAUGGGAACAUGUUGCUCCCCCAAAGUGCAAGCCUUGGGCAGGCGUGGAGCAUCACAGGCAGUGGCUGUGCUUCGUGGUGAGGCAGCUGAUCAGCUCCCCCCUGUGUAGCACAGCAUCUUCCCAGAGCAGGCCCCUCUCAGUGGCCCCCUAUACUUCUCUUCCUCCUGGACCCUCCACCUGCCCUGGAUGGUGCACGCCGGAGAGUGGGGACAUGGGAAGGUGGAGGGUCAGGAGCUCUCCAGAGUGGCCAAGGCUCCCAGCCUGGCCAGGGGUAGGGCCUCGGCGAGAAGAUGAAGAAUGGGGCAGGGAAGGGAGAGGGCAGGUCCACAGGUGGGGCGACCUAGUACACCCCUCCACAAGUUCUACCAAGGUGCCGGAACACCUGGGGAAAUCCCAAGGUGACAUCACACAAAUAAUCCUGACACCAACCUUAGUGCUGAGUUCAUGCCCAUGCUAAUGAACAAACAUUCUCCCUGAGCAACACCUGAACAGAGCUCUCUGCUCCAAGGGCUGACACAUCCCUCUGCUUCUUCCCGGUGCAGGGGGUCUCCCCAUCGCACUUCUCCAACAUCCUGCUUUUCCUCUGGGCAGAGCUGGGCUCUCCCAUUGGAGCUGCUCACUGCUUCCUGGAUUGGGGAGAUCCUCUCCUUCUAAUGCUGGCAGCUCCUCCCUUCUCUCUGGGCUGGGGAUGGGGCUACUUCACUCAAUGCCACCUCCUACUUUUUUGUGUUAAGCAGCUCUUCCCCAAUGCUGCAUCAUCCUCUCUGUUCCCUGGCCUGGGAGUGGAGGCUGCAUUAGAGGAGGGAGAUGCCCUCUGGGGUUCAAAACUGUAGCUGCCUGCUCUUCUCAUUCCUCACUAAAACCUUCCUGGCUGUAUAUCUCCUGCUGGGAAUGGAGCAGAACCAACAGGGGAGGUUGGGAGCUGAAGUUUAUACAAGCAAAUGGGAAAUUAAUGAAGUGGGUCUCCUUACAGAAACUGAGGAACUGCAGUGACAUCCCUGCUCAGUCUCAGGUGCCCAGGACAGAGGCAGCAACCUGGGAUCCAGGCCUGUCCCAGCCAGGACAGGGCUGCUGGGGAGUGUGAGAAAUGGUCCCAGCUUCCCCUAGGACUGAGCUCUGCCCCUAACACUCUGAUUCUCUCU